AUGGCGGAGGUGGGGGAGAUCAUCGAAGGCUGCCGCCUGCCGGUGCUGCGGCGGAACCAGGACAACGAGGAUGAGUGGCCCCUGGCCGAGAUCCUGAGCGUGAAGGACAUCAGUGGCAGGAAGCUUUUCUACGUUCAUUACAUUGACUUCAACAAACGCCUGGAUGAAUGGGUGACCCACGAGCGGCUGGACCUGAAGAAGAUUCAGUUCCCUAAGAAAGAGGCCAAGACCCCCACCAAGAACGGGCUCCCUGGGUCCCGCCCUGGCUCUCCCGAGAGAGAGGUGAAACGAAAGGUGGAGGUGGUUUCACCAGCAACUCCAGUGCCCAGUGAGACAGCCCCAGCCUCAGUUUUUCCCCAGAAUGGAGCAGCCCGCAGGGCGGUGGCAGCUCAGCCAGGACGGAAGCGAAAAUCCAAUUGCUUGGGCACUGAUGAGGACUCCCAGGACAGCUCAGAUGGAAUUCCAUCAGCUCCGCGCAUGACGGGGAGCCUGGUGUCCGACCGGAGCCACGACGACAUCGUCACCCGGAUGAAGAACAUCGAGUGCAUCGAGCUGGGCCGCCACCGCCUCAAGCCGUGGUACUUCUCCCCGUACCCACAGGAGCUAACCACACUACCAGUCCUCUAUCUCUGCGAGUUCUGCCUCAAGUAUGGCCGAAGCCUCAAGUGUCUGCAGCGUCACUUGACCAAGUGUGACCUGCGCCAUCCCCCAGGCAACGAGAUUUACCGCAAAGGCACCAUCUCCUUCUUUGAGAUCGAUGGACGCAAGAAUAAGAGUUACUCCCAGAACCUGUGUCUUCUGGCCAAGUGUUUCCUCGACCACAAGACCUUGUACUACGACACGGACCCUUUCCUCUUCUACGUCAUGACGGAGUACGACUGCAAGGGCUUCCACAUCGUGGGCUACUUCUCCAAGGAGAAGGAGUCGACCGAAGACUACAACGUGGCCUGCAUCCUGACCCUGCCUCCCUACCAGCGCCGGGGCUACGGCAAGCUGCUCAUCGAAUUCAGUUAUGAGCUCUCCAAAGUGGAAGGGAAAACGGGGACCCCUGAGAAGCCCCUCUCGGACCUUGGCCUCCUGUCCUACCGAAGCUACUGGUCCCAGACCAUCCUGGAGAUCCUGAUGGGACUGAAGUCUGAGAGCGGGGAGAGGCCACAGAUUACCAUCAAUGAGAUCAGCGAGAUCACCAGCAUCAAGAAGGAGGACGUCAUCUCCACCCUCCAGUACCUCAACCUCAUCAACUACUACAAGGGCCAGUACAUCCUCACGCUGUCGGAGGACAUCGUGGAUGGGCACGAGCGGGCCAUGCUCAAGCGACUCCUCCGCAUCGACUCCAAGUGUCUGCACUUCACUCCCAAGGACUGGAGCAAGCGGGGGAAGUGGUGA